AUGGCCGGAAUCACCUCAUGGCGUUUACUCUUGAUCUCUCCGGUGCGCUACUCCGAGCGCAAUCGACAAGGUGCCGAACUGCAACACCGGAAGCUGAACUGUCCUCCUGCUGCUUCCAGAUGGCUCAACCGCGACCAUCUCGAUAUCGACAAGGUCAUCGUCAACCGAGGCAUCGUCCGCAUCUUCCGCCGGUUGAGCUAUCUUCCAGCAACCCCUGUCCGGUUGCCUGCUGAUGCAUUGGUUCUCCCAGCGGACACAAUCGCAGGACGAAGAUUCGAGCAUCCCUUCCAGCUAAUCCUCGCCGAAUGGCUCAACCGCGACCAUCUCGAUAUCGAGAUGGUCGUUUUCACCCGACGCAUCGGCCGCAUCAAACUACCCCCAGCAUCCCCGUUGCAUUUUCUACCGAGGCUUUAUCCCUUUCAGCGGCCACACGCACAGGACGAGAGUUCGAGCCUCCAAGUACGGGCGUAUUGUAUCAUACCUGGCACCACCACCACCACCGCCAUUGCGGCGUCGCUGGUGACGCGUUAUCAUCAAACCCUUUGUGCCACUAGCUCCCGCAGCAGGAAGAUGAACGAUCAAAACCUGUAUUUGGAGCAGCAGCCCUGCAUCUGUCUUUUUCCUUUGGCUGAAACAUCGCCUGCAUCUUCCGGUGGUUGAGCUAUUCGCUAUCAUUCCCACUUGCUUUCCGAUUGCCUGCCGAGGUAAAUAUGUAACUUAUUCUUGCAAUCAGCAGCCACAUACAGGGGAUGGAUGCUCGAGCCUCGAGGUGUGGGUUUGUUAACGUCAGAGUUGGUGCUUCCAGAAAGGGAGGUGAUUACCAUGUCGUUGACGGUGCGACAUAGGGCAAUACCUGCUCGAUUAGGACUCUAACUAUGUCUUUAUCGAUAAGGGAGCGUUGUUCGAGCUUGCAGCGUGGAUAGAAGAUCGAGCCUGCGAUGGAAGAAGGCUUGGUGUUUGGGUUCACGAGGAGGACUUGUCGUGACCUUGGAUUAUUACAGAGGGUUCGAUGCCAUUGGGUCUUUU